GACAAACAAGCGUUAAGUGAUCCACAAAAUGUUUUGAUUUUUUAAAUAAAGAUACAUAUGUAUGUAUUGAUAAGUAAACAAGUGCCAUCCGUGCAUGCAUUUUUAAACAACGUACAUAUAUUUAUAUAUAUACGUACAUACAUAUAAAAAACUAAAUCUGAAUGAUUCAGCAACAAUUUAGUAAAUAAUAACUUGUAGUGGUAUGAAAAAUUGGAAAAUUUAAUCUGUGAAAAAAGCAACGUAUUAUUUCGCAAAGUUUAAAAAAGGUGGCAGCCUGCUGCUUCGACGCUCAAAAAGCAAACGCAUAAAAAAGUUUAAACCAAAGUGUUUUAAAUGCAUACGGAUAUAAUUAUUGGCGAUCAAUUUGUGCCAUCAACAAAUUAUUGGGUAAUGCAGUCCCCCGAAUUUGACUAUCGGCAUGAGCUGAUGGGUCGUUUGCAUAAAAUCGAGCCAGACGUUGAACUUGAAGUAUUAUCUACAGCGCCGCAUCACCACCACCAUCAUCAUCACCUGCAUCAUCAUCAACACCACCAUCAGCAUCAGCAUUUGCAUCAACAUCAAGUCUAUUCACCGCAAAGUAAUCAUAGUGGUGGUGGUGGUGGCAGUAAUACACUUGAGCAUUGGCAACAACAACAACAACUACAAGCCAAUAGUAGUAGUAACGGUGGCGGCAAUCAUGAACAUUCCGCUUACGUACAACACUCAACAGCAACCACCGCCUCGGUUGUGGUAUCAGCGUCCACAACCGUUGCCACCACGCUACCAACACAGCCAACGAAUGGUGGUGCAAUAUCCUCAGCAACUGGCGCGGGUCAAACCGCCUCAUCAUCUGCAUCAUCAUCGACGAUAUCUGCCUCUGCUAGUGAUCUACCCGCCGAUGCUUCAACCUCGCCGCACGCGUAUUCUGCGUAUGAUAGUGGCGCGGCGGUGGCGUAUGAAAUAGCGAGCGCAUAUGGUGCGAGUAGCGCGACAGCGUCGGCGGUCACAGUGGCUGAUAAGGAAUAUUUAUUUAAUACCAAAAACAAAGAGGCUCUCUGCAAUCCCUACGCUGACCUCGACGACCCCUACCAACGCCCGGCGCUGUGGGAGGACAUCGCCAGCUCAAUACAAAAUAUCGAUCCUGAGAAUGCGCUCAUGUUGGGCAACAGCUCAACGAGUUCAACAGCGGCAGCGGCGGCUUCGGUGUCUGGUGGCGGCAACCCCACGCAUUUGGCCCUUAUUGGCGGUGGCACAGGCGACAGUGGCUCCACGCUACUGCCUCAAGUGAAAAUGGAAGCAAUCGAUGAUACGCUGUUGGAAACGCUCUCCACACCAUUGCUCAGUCCCAUGGAGAUUAAGACGGAGAAGCCGGCGCUACAACAACACACACACCUGCAUGCACAACAACAACACCAGCAACACUAUGCCCACUAUCAACUGCCAACACAUCAACAGCAUCAUCAUCAUCCGCACCAGCUACCGUCCCACCAUUCGCAACAAACGCAUCACCAGCAGCAGCAGCAACAACAACAGCAACACCUCUACCAACACCAUCCGAGUUUAGGUGGUAAUGGUAGUUGCACUGAUCUCGCCGCCGCCGCCGCCGCUAAUGGUGAUGAUACAAUAACGCUUAUGCAACUGCACCACCAGCACCAGCAACAGCAACAGCAGCAGCAUCAUCAUCAACAACAACAAAAUAUCGGCUCCUCAUUGCAUAGCAGUAAUAGCAAUAGUCCUAAUCAACCAAAUCGUUGCAGCAGCACCGCAAGCAGUCACAAUGCCGAGUUGAGUGGCAGCAAUCCGAAUGCAGGUGGCAGCAACAACAAUGCCUUAAAUGGCAGUGAUAAUAAUAAUAGCAAUAUUUCCUAUCAACAAUAUGCAUCUCAACAACAUUUAAAUAGCAAUAAUAAUUAUCUCAAUGGCAGUGGCGUUGGUCUUGGUGUUGGUGUUGGUGGCAGUCUUGUGGCCUCCUCUUCGGCGAAUGUGACAAUCAGCACGUCCGUAACGCUGACCAACUUAACGCCGACAAUCACAACGCUCGACGGCAGUGCGAAUAAUAAUAACAAUAAUAAUAAUAACAAUAAUAAUAAUAACAAUAAUAAUACAACAAUGAAUAAUAACUUGAAUGCGAGUUACGGUUAUAGUUGGCAUAGUAAUCAGUCGUAUCACCCCAAAUACCAAAUACCGCCACCGCCUCUACAACAACAACAGCAGCAGCAACAGCAGCAGCUACAACAUCAGCCAUCACAAUCAAAUCCGCAACUUUGCCCACCUGCAGCACCAACCGUCGGCGUUGGCAAUUCAAUGUCAGCGCGACAUAUAUUCGUACCGCCAUUAACGCCACCCAGCUCAGAUCCCGGAAGUCCGGGUAGUUCAAUGGUUGCGGCUGCAGCCGCAGCAGCAGCAGCAGCAGCGGCGGCGGCAGCUGCGGCGUCUGGCGGCAAUCCACAGCAGCAGCAGCAGCAGCAGCAAACGGGGCGACGUACCACACCACCACCGCCAUAUCAACAACAAUUACUACAACAGCAACAACAGCAACAACAACAACCACACCUCCACCACCAACAGGGUCGUCCACUUUCAAGUAUUUGCCCCAAUAUACUAACACUACAACAUCCCAGCACAAAUGGCACAACGUCAGCAAUGACACCACUACACUCCACUGCCGCCGCCGCCGCUUCCUCCCUACACCACUUGAGCCCAGGCCGUACGCUGACAACGCUUGGUGUUAAUGGUGUCGGCUCUGGCUUAGACAUGGGCAGUGGGCUGCAUGGCGUUAGUGGUAGUGGUGGUGGUGGUGGAAUUGUUAUGGGCAGCAAUCGUGGUCGUGGGCGAGGUUGUGGUGGUGGUGCGCCUGCGCACCUCGCUAAUUUGAUUGUGCCGACGAUACGUACAAUACGCUACAAUCGACGCAAUAAUCCGGAAUUGGAGAAGCGACGCAUACACCAUUGCGAUUUCGAGGGCUGUACAAAAGUCUAUACGAAGAGCUCACACCUGAAGGCGCACCAGCGUAUACACACCGGUGAGAAGCCCUACACCUGCCAAUGGCCUGAGUGUGAAUGGCGUUUUGCGCGCUCAGAUGAACUGACGCGUCAUUAUCGCAAACACACCGGCGCCAAGCCGUUCAAAUGCGUUGUCUGCGAGCGUAGUUUUGCGCGUUCCGAUCAUCUGGCACUGCAUAUGAAGAGACAUUUGCCCAAAAAUAAAUGAAAAGUUACAAAGCAAUGGCAACAACGCAUAAGCCAGUAUGAACGAGUGUGAAAUAAAAAAAGAAAAUUUUUACA